GCCUGCAGCGCCGGGAGAACUGAGCCUUUGUCCGCCCCCCCUCCCCCCCCGAAGGUGUUUGUGUCCCGGCCCCACUGCCCCUCCCCCCGCCCGGCCAGGUUCCCCCCCCCCGCCCCUGUCAUGGCCGGCAGGUGCCCGAACACCUGGGCCGGCGCCGCCCGGCUCCUGCUGCUGCUGCUGCUGGGCGCUGCGCUCCCCUUCCCCCUCCAGCUGCCCCCCGGGCCCCUGGUGGUGCUGCUGGGGGGGAACCUCUCGAUCCCACUCUCCUACCCCCCUACUCAGCCACCCCCCAGAAUCGUGUGGCAGAGGAACCUGAUGGCGCUGGCGGACGGACACCUGGGUCCCAACGGCUCGGUGGCCGUGGCCCAGGUGUACCAGGGCCGGCUCAGUGUGGACCCCCAAGGGGGGACGCUUACCAUCACCCCCAUGGCCCUCCAGGAUGCCGGCACCUACACGGUCGAGGUCUUCCCACUGGGGGGCCAGGUGUGGCGGGGAGACGUCCAGGUGGAGGUGUACGAGCUGGUAGGGAAGGUCUCUGUGACGCCCCCUUCCCUGGAGGUGACCGAAGGCGCCAGGUUGGCGGUUCUCACCUGCACCCCCAUGCGGGGCACCAUCACCUGGACCAAGGAUGGGCGAAGCCCGGACCAGAACCCCCGGUACCGGGUCUCGGCUGGGACCCUGCAGAUCAGCUGGCCUGACCGGAACGACAGCGGCACCUACAACUGCACCGUGUCCAACCCCUUCAGCAACGGCACCGGCACCGCCCAGAUCCGGGUCUAUUACGGGCCGGAGCCCCCCACGAUCAGCAUCUCGUCGGACCGUGACCCGGAGCCCCGGCGUUACGUCCGGGUGAACAGCACGGUGGGGCUGUCCUGCUGGGCCCCGUCGGACCCCCCCGCCCAGAUCUACUGGAGCCUGGCCGAUGCCAGCGACCCUCUGGUCCCGGCCCAGCCGGACCUGACGCUGCCCCGGGUCCAGCUCAGCCAGGCCGGGCCCUAUUCCUGCCUCGCCAGCAACCCGCAAACCCAGCGCCGGCUCCGCGCCACCGUGACCCUCACUGUCAUCCAGAUCCCCCCCGGUUCCCCCGUCUGCUCCCUGGACUCCAUGGUCAAUGGCACGGCCCUUCGCUUCCGCUGCUCCUGGCCGGGGGGCUCCCCGGCUCCCAGCCUCAGUCUGCAGGGGCUGCCAGGGGGUGGGGAGCAGGGCGUCGGCCCCGCCCUCGAGCGAACCCUGACCUCUCUCCUGCCCGCCCUCAAUGGUACCCGGGUCACCUGCCUGGCGAGACACCUCGCCGCCGAGGGGACCUGCAGCAUGACUCCUGAAGCCCCCUCUGGGGUCUCUCUCUCAUUCCAGGCCUCCCUGGACCCUGGGGGCACCGUCCUGCUGGAUCUGCAGUGCCAGGGCACCUACCGGCCCGUGGAAAUCGCCUGGGCCCGGCACGGGGAGCCGCUGGGUCCGGGCGGGCGGUACCGGGUCAGCGCCGAUGGGGCCCGACUCACCAUCAGCAACUUCACAGCCCCGCAGGACUUGGGGGGCUACUCAGUGCGGUGCCAAAACCCGCUGGGUUCACAGGAGAGUAACCUCACGCUGAUGGGUCCCUCCAUCUCCGGCUGGAGCCUGGCGCGUGGUUCAGAGCCCAGCUCGGCCCGGCUGAGCUGGGUGGUGCCGGAGGGCUCCGUGGUCACUGGGUUUUGGAUCCAGGUCCUGGGGCCCCCUGAGGGCCGGGCGGCCAGGGAGUGGCAGACGCUGCAGACGCUAGGGGGCGCCACUCGCUCCAGCACUGUGAUGGGGCUCCAGCCCCACACCCCCUAUUCCUUCCAGCUGCUGCCCUUGCUGGGAGCUCAGGCUGGGGAGCCCAGCCACACGCAGACGCUCCCAUCAGCCUCUACCCUGGGUCCUGGCGCCAUCGCAGGCAUCGUGUUGGGCUCGAUCCUGGGCAUGAUCCUGCUCCUUGCCCUCCUCGUGCUCCUGACCUGGUUCCUCCGGGCGCGAUGGGGAAAGCAGGAGAAGAUGCCCCUGACCCCCCCCGGGACCCACCAGCAUUACCUUCCCCGUCAGUUCCCGAACGGGAGAGAGUCUGACCCCAUUGAGCCCCCGGCACCCCCCUCUGGGGCAUCUUUGCGCUGCUCCUGGGGGGAUGGCGACCUGUCCUCCAUCAGCUACGAGGACCAUCUGCGCAUCCACGGCCCCCCCACCUCCUGGCCCAGGUGUCCUGGAGACAGCAGGGGCCCCGGGCUCCCAUCUCUGGUCAGUGGGCAGGGCCCCAGGACUGCGCGCAGUGCCACGCGGGUGUGACUGGCACAGGAGAUCCAGCAUGGGAGCCAGGCGUCCGGGAGGCACCUAUACAAUGGACUGAGCCUGCAUAGGACGAGGCUCCGUGGGCACUGUCUGGGACCCCUGGAGUGUCCCCUGGCCCUGUGCUGGCCCCCCAACCUCCCCAGAAUAGACUAUGGGACUAGGAGGGGUCCACAGGCCUCGGCUGGGAGAAAGGGACUGGCCUGGAGGGGGCGAGACUUCCUGUCUUUCUUGGUGUGCUUGGGAAGAGGGUGGGACUUCCUGUUUUUGCUCUGAUUAGAUCUCUGGAGAGAGAAUUACAUCUGUCUGUGCCUGCAUCCUCCAUCCCCAUCCAUACCCCUCUGUCCACCCAUCCCUCCAUCCGCAUCCUUCCAUCCAUCCAUCCAUCUCCAUCCAUACCCCUCUGUCCACCCAUCCCUCCAUCCGCAUCCUUCCAUCCAUCCAUCUCCAUCCCCAUCCAUACCCCUCUGUCCACUCAUCCUUCCAUCCACAUCUUUCCUUCCAUCCAUCCAUCUCCAUCCCCAUCCAUACCCCUCUGUCCACCCAUCCCUCCAUCCGCAUCUUUCCUUCCCUCCAUCCAUCUCCAUCCACAUCCCUGCCCACCCGUCCCUCCAUCCACAUCCUUCCUUCCAACCAUCCAUCUCCAUCCUCAUCCCCCAUCCCCAUCCAUACUCCUCUGUCCGCCCGUCCCUCCAUCCGCAUCCUUCCUUCCAUCCAUCCAUACCGCUCUGUUCACUCAUCCCUCCAUUCGCAUCCACCCAUCCCUCCAUCCUCAUCCUUCCUUCCAUCCCUCCAUCCAUCUCCAUUUUUCCAUCCGCAUCCUUCCUUCCAUCCCUCCAUCCAUCUCUAUCCACCCAUCCCUCCAUCCGCAUCCUUCCUUCCAUCCAUCCAUCUCCAUCCCCAUCCCCAUCCAUACCCCUCUGUCCACUCAUCCCUCCAUCUGUAUCCUUCCUUCCAUCCGUCCUUCCCUCCAUCCAUCCAUCUCCAUCCCCAUCCAUACCCCUCUGUCCAUUCAUCCCUCCAUCCACAUUCUUCCUUCUAUCCAUCCAUCCAUCCUUCCAUCGCCGUUGAUCCGUCCCCCCCCACCUGUGACACCAUUGAAGAUGCCUGGUUUGGCGGGCUGGGGGCGGGGUGGUGACAGGCAGGACGGGAGAUUGACAGCGGGUGUUUCGGCAGAAGGCGCCGCUCUUGCAGGUGUUGAUCUAUUUUGUGCGUAACAGCCAUUUAUAUUUUUAACAUGUUUUUGGAACUUUUCUUGCCCAUCAAGCCCCUCCCUCCGGUGGGUGUGGUGGAGGCUGGUGGCUGUUGACUCCCUAGACCAGCCUGAAUCCACAGGGAAAGACCUGCCACUGGGGCACAUUUUCUUUUAAAUACGAUUAACCUGUGGAACUCCCUCCCACAUGAUAUGAAGGACAGGAGUUUGCCCCCUCCUCGGGGCGGGAAUGAGCCCUUCUGUGUGUGUGUUCCUACCUGCAGCCCACACUGACCUCCCCCAUCUCAGCCCCUCCCCACAGGGUCCCCUAAACUCCAGCUCGCUGCACCCCCCUCCUGCACAGACAAUCCAUCCCUGACUGACUCUGGCUUUGAAUCAUGACCCCAGCGCUGGGCUAUGUGGGCCUCCAGCCCCAGGCAUAUGGGGGGGAAGCCCCCAGAGUGGUUGAUCGAUGGGGCGGAAAGGAGGGUAACAAACCAAGGCAGGAUGGAGGGGCUAAUUCAUUUAACCCCUUGGCUUCAGAGAGAAAGGAGGGGGGACUGAUGUCAGAGCAACACAGUUAGGAGAGAUGAAGGGGAAAUAGGAGAGACCCUAAAGUUGGAGCAGGGGGCUGUGGCUUGGGAUUGAGGGGUACCAGCAAAGGGGUGGGGGGGCAGGGCUGGGAUAUGGGAUCUCUGCACAUAGAAACAGGUGCAAACAACCACUAAUAGGACCCCAGAGUCCUGGCUCCACCCCCCCCACCACCUCCCCCCACCACACUAGACCCCACUCCCCUCCCAGAGCCAGGGAUGGAACCCAGGAGUCCUGGGGGUGGGGGAGCUGGGCAAAGCGGGGUCUGUGUCCAUGCUGUGGGGGGUUCCCGUUGUUAGGCCCCGCUGAGUGGCAGUUUCCUGCCAGCUUCUUGUCCCCUGCCCCCGUCCCCGUACUGCCCCCUCCCGCCCCACACAUGCUGGCCUCGCCCCCUCCCCCAGCCCCGAGCCAACAGUUUCCAGCGUCCUGCAGGGCUCUGCCGGUGCCCCUCACUCCUGACCCGCAGCCCCGCUAGCCCAGCCCUCCGUUCCCCCCGCCCCCCAACUCUGCCGAUGCCCCUCACUCCCGACCCACAGCCCCCCGCUCCCCCAGUGCUGGGCUCCCCCCACCUCCCAGCUCUGCCGGUGCCCCUCAUUCCUGACCCAUGGCCCUUGAUUAAGAUGGCGGCUCCCUUUCCAGUGGCGGGAAAAGCAAAUUCUCUGGCCUGCCAGGCCCGAUCCUGCCCCCUGGGCUCUGCGGGUCAAGGGGAAAUAGCCAGAUACAGAAAUACAGGGUGGGGGCGGUGUGUGUCGGGUCAGCUUGUGCACCCACCGGGCCCAUGGCAUCCUCCAUCCCCCACCUCCCUGGGUGACCCCUCAAGUUCAGGGACCCACUCCCUGUGCUGGGGGGUCUCUGUGCCCCCCAGUGCCCGUCCCCAUGCCAUGGGCUCCCCCCCAUUUUAUUCUCCUUUCCCCUCCUUUCUCGCUCCCCUCCUGCUUUCCCAGCCCCCUUUGAGUGCCCCUGGGGGCACUCACACAGCCCCUCCCCCGCCUCACCCACAGCUCCCCAGGGCGGAGUGGGUUUUGGGUGUGAUUCCCCCACCCUGGGGAGUGUGAAUGUGACACCCAGCCCCCCAAUGGACAUACCCACGUCCACCCUCCAGCCAUCUUCCCUCUGCCCCCAGCCAGCCCCUCCCCCACUAUCAUCCAUCCAUCCACCCCUCCCACACACAACCAUCUAUCUCCAUCCACACCCCUCCAUCCAGCCUCCCCACAUAGGAACGUAAGAUCGGCUGCACUGGGUCCGACCAAGGGGCCAUCCAGCCAGUGCCCGGUGCCCCAGCGGGAGUGACCCAAACAGGGAAUCAUCCAGUGAUCCAUCCCCUGGCGCCCAUUCCCAGCUGCUGGUAAACUGAGGCUCGGGGCCCCAUCCCCCCCCACACCAAACGCCAGGCGUGAGUUGCUGCUUUUAUUGCAUUUUAUUGGAAAAAGGAUUCUCGGGAUUUAUAUUUUAUGGGGUUUUUUUUUUCACAUCGUUCCCCCUCCCCACGGAGUUUUGACAAAUGAAAUGAAAGGGUGUUUGGAUCAAAGGAAAAUCGAGCGAGAGCCCCCAGAGAGUCCCUUGCGAGGGGAGCAUGGUGGGGGGAGAGAAAUGAACCGCCCCCCCCACGGCCCCAGACCCCGGUGGCAAUGGAAGACAAAGUGGCUUUUUAGUGGCUUCUUGCAAUAAAGUCUCCCCCCACCUUUUUUACAAUAGAUUUUUUUGUCGUUUUUUCCCAUUUGUGUUGCAAACGUUGAGAUACAGAAUCGAGCCCCCUGUGAGCCUCUGGGCUGGGCCUGGCCUCCUUGGGGCGGCCUGCCCCUAGUCCUUCCCUGCUGCAUUCCUCCUUCCGGUCCUUUCUCCGUUCCCUCUUUCCCUGGGCUACCCCUCCACUCCCUCCUCCGCUCCAUUCUUCCUCCCGGUCCCUUCUCUGUUCCCUCUCUCCUGGGCUAUCCCUCCACUCCCUCCUCUGCUCCAUUCCUCCUCCCGGUCCCUUCUCUGUUCCCUCUCUCCUGGGCUACCCCUCCACUCCCUCCUCUGCUCCAUUCUUCCUCCCGGUCUCUUCU